UAGUUUUAAGGAAUUGUAUUGUAAUCUGAAUUCGACAAUUGUAAUUGUUGUUGAGAUACAAACGAGUAAAAUAAAAGGAAUAGUACAUGACAUUCGUAUCGAACGAUGAUUAGAGAUAACAUUAAUCGUAGAUAAACGUUGACGCUUUGUCGUCAAAUCUCUUACGUGUUAUUUCGAACAUCCGUUUCGCGAAAAAUCAUGAAAAUCAACUGAUGGCACUUGCGCAAUUGCAACAGCGGCAUACGUGAUACGUCAGAUUAUUUUGUAACAAGUGUUAAAUUUGCAAAAGUAUAAUUUGUUAAAGGGGCCCUGCAAUCAAAAGAGCGAAAAAACUUUUCAAGAUGAGCACCACAAGGGAACAGGCGGGUCCUUCUAAACCAUGGGACUCUGCUACAGAAGAAAAAGAAAAAGAUAAUCGCACAUUUGAAUGUAAUAUUUGUCUUGAUACAGCGAAAGAUGCAGUAAUUAGCAUGUGUGGACAUUUAUUUUGUUGGCCCUGUUUACAUCAAUGGCUGGAAACUCGCCCAAUAAAACAAACAUGCCCUGUGUGUAAAGCUGCAAUAAGCAAAGAUAAAGUCAUUCCCUUAUAUGGACGUGGAGCUACAAAGCAUGAAGAUCCAAGGAAUAAUGUUCCACCACGUCCUGCUGGACAGAGGACCGAACCAGAAAAUAAUGUUGGAUUUCCUAGUUUUGGGUUUGGAGAUGGUUCUUACAUGUCUUUUGGUAUUGGAACAUUUCCUUUUGCAUUUUUCACAUCAACUUUCAAUUUUGGAGAAACACGACCAAGUGCAGCUGCUAGAGGAACACCACAGUAUGAAGAAGAGCAAUUCCUUUCCAAGGUAUUUUUAUGGGUGGCAUUGAUAUUUAUCUGUUGGCUCCUAAUGGCGUAACAUUUUUCGCCUGUUCAACAAUACUAUUUGCUUCGUAUCGUGUAAUCUUAUACGACUUGAUGGAUUGAUUCAUUACAUUUUUAUUAAUAAGUCAGUCUUUUCCCGUUUGUAAAAUUGUUGUUACUCACUGUAGUAAGUAUACCUGCUUGAAUAAACAAACGGGUUUUAAUUGUUAUAGCCGUAAUAACAUUUUUACAUGUACAUACACUUUGUUUAUAAUCUUUUGUGAUUACACUAAAAAAUAAAUUUUGUAUCUAAACAUAAAAUUAUUAACGUCAUUGAUAUUGUAAAGAAAAUAAUAUAGGUUAGUUUCCUGUAUUUACAAUCAUCGCGUAAAUACGUACGUGUGUAUUCAAGCAGGUUAUUUUCUUGGUUUCGAAAAUUCAGAAGCCUAUUCUUACGAUAUUUAUGUACAUGUAUAUAUAAAUAUACCACCUUUAGAUAUGUAAGAUAUUAUUUGUCUCAUGCAAAGCAUAAUUGAUUUUAGCAAAAAACUUAAUGAUCAUAGUUUUAUUACAUCGACGUAGACCUUCACGGUUUACAUUAUCUAUCGAUGUAAACAGUAUGAUAAUUUAGUUAUUAAGUUAUUGAGACCAUGUGCAAACGAAAAAAGUUGCAAUUAUAUAAUACACGAUAUUGUAAUAUAAGAUAAUAUACAUGAAAGAUUAAGAACGUAAUCUGCUUAUUUAUGUUUUGCUUUUGUUUGCAUUGCGGUUACGGUAUAGGAGACGAGAAGACAAUUACAAAGUAGCAAAUCAUGAUCAUGUAAUUAUAAAAGUAACAAGUUUUCAGUCAUUUAUAUUUUAGUACACAUUCACCACGGCUCGUGCAUCUGGUACGGGAGGCUUCGGUGUUCUUCGUUUAUUAGUUACAUUGAAUGGAAGUUGACAUUCCAUAUACAGUUAUAUUAACACCCGAAAGUUACUGAAUUUUACAAAAGAACGAUUUCUAAUUGAAUACAAAUAUAAUUCAUAACACAUGAUUUGUAAUUUCGUUAAGAAUCAAACAUUGUAAAUUGUCUUACUAGUUUAUUUAACAUAUAUUAUUAAAAUAAAGUAGAAGUACGAUA